GGUCUAUAUACGUAGGCUACUUGUUGAUACUUUGAAAGGAACUUUCUGUACGUCAGCCAGUUAUGGGUUAUGUGCUCUUAUUCUCUCCUUUUGAGUCCGGCUGCCGACACCAGUCCCCCUCUUCUUUUUUUUUUUUUUUUUAACAGAUCUGCAUGAUUCACGUAUAGGUCACAUUUUCAGGUCGGAAAAUCCGGAAUUCCGGAUUAAUCCGGAAAAAUCAAAUCCCUGAUAGAUCUGGAUCAAAUAAACAUCUGGCAGUCAAUUUGCCUUUGUUGGCUAAUCUUAACUUCAAUAACGAUGAUCACAUGAUCCACUUCAGGGGCUGAUCCUAAUACGGACGGAUAUCCGGGAAACACACAUGAGAAGCUUUAGUUUUGAAGUUUUUCAAUCUGCCAUAAAACGAAAAGAAGAAGAAGAAGAAGUUUUUCUGCAAAACUGAAGGGCCUGCGGUAGAAAAUGAGUUCUCUGAGUGAAGUCCGAGAGGAGGAUCUGCGGUGUCCCGUGUGCCUCGACAUCUUCAGCCAUCCCGUGCUCCUGCCCUGCAGUCACAGUGUGUGUAAGGAGUGUUUCCAGCGGGUGUGCGGCGAGCGAGGGCGGCAGGAGUGUCCCGUCUGCGGGAAAACAUCCACAGGGCUUCUCCCACCGGAUAAUCUCGCGUUGAGGAACAUCUGCGAGUCAUUCUUCCGCAAGAGAAACUCUUCAUCAGGUGUGUUCUUCUGCGAUGUUCACAGAGAGAAACUCCAACUCUUCUGUCUGGAUGAUAAACAGCCUGCGUGUUUGGUGUGCAGAGACUCGGAGAAACACCUCAAACACACAUUCAGGCCCGUCGACGAAGUCGCUCAACGUCUGAAGGAGGAAUUGAAGACCUCAUUAAAACAUUUACAAGAAAAACUCGAGAGCUUUAAAGAAAUGAAACAAUUGUUUGAGGAUACAGCACAACACAUUAAGACUCAGGCUCAGCAGACUGCGAGACGCUUGCAGGACGAGUUUGGGCGGCUUCAUCAGUUUCUGCGGGAUGAGGAGAUGCACAGAAUAUCUGCACUGAGAGAGGAAGAGGGUCAGAAGAGUCAGAUGAUGAAGGACAGGAUUGAACAGAUCGACAGAGAAAUAGAGUCUCUUUCAAGCAACAUCAGAAUUAUAGAAGAUGAUUUGGAUGCGGCCAACAUGAUCUUUCUGCAG